GAGAAAUAUACCACGCCCCAGUGGGCUGGUAUUUCAGCGGCUAUUGGCUGAAGGAACUGAAGGUGCUCCCGCAGCAAUCCUUGACUGAUAGCCGUGCCCCUGCCAAAUCCACCAGAUACCACUCCCCUGCCAUCAGGAACUCCUGAGGGUCUUGUGCUCAGAGCAGCUGCAAACACAUGAAAACAAGUUGUUUUGCUCAGAGCAGCUGCAAGCAUAACAAGUUGUUUACAGGAUAUUCAAGGUUUGGGGAUCCACAGCCCCCAACACCUGGCCUCUAUGGCUAACUAGUGGCUUAUCUCUGCACUCUGAUCUUCAGACAAGUUUUAUUGGUUAGAUCACAAAUAAAAUAUCACCACAGGGCUUAUUCCUGUGAGAGGUUACUUCUCCUUCUCCCAGCAGACUUUAGGUUCUUGUAGUUCUUUGUCUAGGGGUGGAACUCUGUGAGAUUUUUUUUACCUUCCAUGUUAGCAUAUCUCUUGUUACUGCUAUUGUUACCAUCCUAUCGAUGUAGCCAUUUUUUUCUAGAAGAGUCUGUUUCACAAAAGACUUCCUGGUAUUCUGACUCUUACAGUCUGUUUACCCCUAUUGGACAAUGUUUCCUGAGCCAUAGGUUCAGGAGCCAAAAUGUAGAUGUAUCUAUUGGGGAUAGGAUCAUUGGGAUCCAUUGAUCUCUGUAUUGUGUCCAGUUGUAGUUUUCUGUGGUCUCCGUUUGCUAUAGAGAGAUGGUUUAUUUGAUGAGGAAUGGUACCUAUUCUUAUCUGUGUGUAUAUACAGGUGAUGCAGAGUGGGAAACGGAAAAAUGGGAGGGGAUUCCAUCUGGGGUGCAGGAAGAAAGUUCAAUACAGAAGAAGGAAGAGGAACAAAAACAUUUUAUUAUAUAUGUGAGUGUGUGUAUAUACACAUACCCAAAACCAAUUUGGGCUAACAAUGCUUUCCACAAGACUCAUAGGCUAUCUAACAAAAAGCCCAGUACCAGGCAUGGAAAAACUCCUUUCUAGUAGGUGAACAGGGUGGUCCAAUGUCUCCGAAAAGAGUAUAGAUACAGCCCUUGAUUCCCUCUCAGAGACUGAAGGUGAGCUCCUAUGGAUAAAUGUGCUGCACACUUGAAUAAUUUAUGUUGGGUCAAAAUGAAACCUGCUGCCCUUUGGUAUAAAUGGAAAAAUACUUGCAUGCUGCCAAGGGAGAAAGCUGUCCAACUUAACAGUCACCUGUGAAUCAUAACAAUGACCAGCAUGGUAGGGUACCCAUAAAGUUGCAAUAGCAGUACUCCUGUGUUGGUUGUGACUAGCAGCUGUCUAAGUGGAUUGAAGGACCACUCAAUAAAGAGAAAUCAUGCUUGCUACUGACAAUCCAGCCAGCUUCCUAGAGUAAGUGAUGUCACAGGCCUUUAAAGAGAAUGUACCAGUGCUACCUGGCCAACCCAGUGUGAUUCCUGACUACAUUGUAAAUCAUUUCCUUAUACAUUCAGGUAAGUGAUGGCUAUUUUCCUUAAUUAAUUAGUUUUGAAACCUAUAUGUUUAAAUAUUUUCUUUUCAUUAUUCUGAAAUUUACAAGGAGACUCAUUUACCUUUGUUUUAAAAAGUGGAAAAUGAGUUGAAUAUAAAAUGAUGUACAAGUUCUGUUCUCCUGCAAGUACCUCCACUUUGAAAUAUUUAAAUUGAUAUUAAGCACUAUCCUAGGGUGGCCAUGUAAUGUUUUUAUGGUAUCAUUAUGAAUUUAUAAAUUCUAACAUUUAAGUGUUUCACCUAAUUACAAUUAUUCGUACUCAAAGUUCCUAUAUUUGAUUGGUAGAAGCUUGUCAAGUUGGCUUCUGAUUUGUUUUGGCACCAACUAGCUUUCAAGAAUAAAACAUCCCAGGUUCACAUGAUAUUUCUAGACCUAUAGUCAGUCACAUGGACCCUUGGAGAGAAGGCUAGCAUUAGGAAAACAGAAAAGAAACAACUUCCUCUCAGGGAAUUUCUCCAAACUUGGUUCAGAAAUCCUUCAAACCAAAAAUUUUGCUUCCAACAAAACUGGGAGAUAUAGACUGCCCUAAUAUAUACUGCAGAGUUGUUAGUCUGUAAUCAGACUCUCUGCCAUGAAUGCAUGCUGAUCAAUCAAUAUUUCACUUAUUUGCAUGGCCUUCAUUUUUAUAGUGGAGAUGACAUACUUGGAAAUUGUAUUUACAGUGGCUCAUUCUAAAGCCCCAGCAAUAAACAUUGAAUCUACUGUCCUGCCCUCAUCUAUAUUGCAGGGAUUACAUGCCAGGGAAACCAAAAAAAUGAAUCAGCUCACCAGACUACUUCACCUAAGCAAAGACCUGCACAGUCACUGUCUCUUGUUAUAGGCAGACACUAUAACAAGACUUAAAGGUAGAGAAUAGACAUAUCAGUGGCAGAUUGUGAUGUUUAUCCUACCUCUUUAUCCCUAUUCUAUCAGUGAAUUCCCUCAAUUAGGCCACUAGGUAAAGUUUAGGGCUUGGAGAAAAAGAUUAGGGAAGUUAUUUAAGAAAGAGGGAAAAUGAUUGGAUCAUUAAAGUGUAUUCCACCUUACAAUUAAUCUUCUUUCCCAUUAGAUUAGUGAUUAUGAAUACAAAACCAACCCCGUGGUCAUGUUAAUGAACGGUUCCCCAUUUUCAAGAGUGUGGGUAUAAAAGUGAAAUAAACUGAAAGUUGGAUUCAAGUCAGAGAGAUUUGCCAAGAAAGAACAACAAAUGGAAAGAGGGACCGGAUAUUAGAGCACACGGAAGGCAGAGUUAUGAUCACAGGAAGCCACUGAGGAACAGAAAACAUGACAUUGCCUGGAAUGCCUGUGUUUCCGACUGUGUUUGUGGGCCCUGUGGACCACAUGGGCAAGCUGGAGGGCAAGCGGACAUGCUCUGCGCAGACCCAAGACUGCAGUGGAGUCUCAGUAUUCAACACACCUCACACCUCGGAUUUGUGUCUUAUUAUAUAUUCCUGGCUGGCUUUGAACUCCUUGGGAUAUAUCCGCCUUUCCUCUAGAGUACUGGAAUUAAAGGCAUGCCCACAGCACAGCCCAUUGUUCCUUUGUAAAUUCUAAGCUCUCUUGACUUGCCAGAACUACUCAGCACUGCUGUCGGGUGUUGCCUCAGUUUCCUUUUUAGGCUGUGCCCUGGAAUCCAGCCUUUUGCUGAACUUUAUGAGAAGAACUGGUCAACUUUGAUCUCCACCUCCAGAAGCAAUGCAUUUUCACUGAAGUCAUGGAGCUUUGUUUCUCUUCAUCUUUGACAGGUUGGGAUAAGGAACGUUUUCGUAAUGGACACCUCAUCCAAGAAAGACGCCCAUUUGUUCCACAAAAACCCCUCGCGACCUGUCAGAAGGCAAUCCCUUAAAGCCGGGUGUCCACCCCCAGAGGAAGCGCGACCAUGCUGUGGCAAACUCAAGGUGUUCCUGGGUGCCUUGUCUUUUGUUUACUUUGCCAAAGCAUUGACAGAAGGCUAUUUGAAGAGCACCAUCACUCAGAUAGAGAGAAGGUUCGAUAUCCCUUCCUCUCUGGUGGGAGUAAUUGAUGGUAGUUUUGAAAUCGGGAAUCUCCUGGUCAUCACAUUUGUUAGUUACUUUGGCUCCAAACUCCACAGACCAAAAAUAAUCGGAGCAGGCUGCCUGGUCAUGGGAGUCGGAACACUGCUCACGGCACUGCCACAGUUCUUCAUGGAGAAAUAUAGCUAUGAGAAAUAUGGGAAGUAUUCUCCCGCUGCCAACCUCACUCCCAACAUCUCUCCAUGCCACCUGGAGUCCAGCAGUCUGCCACCAAGCCUAGCCACGGGGAAAUCACCAAACAAAAUAAAUGACGAAUGUAAAGGGGAUAUCAGCUCCUCCAUGUGGGUUUAUGUCUUCCUGGGAAAUCUUCUGCGAGGAUUAGGGGAAACUCCCAUCCAACCCCUUGGCAUCGCCUAUCUGGAUGACUUUGCCAGUGAAGACAAUGCUGCUUUCUACAUUGGGUGUGUGCAGACAAUGGCAAUUAUAGGGCCCAUUUUUGGCUUCCUCUUGGGUUCAUUAUGUGCCAAACUAUAUGUUGAUAUUGGCUUUGUGAAUCUAGACCACAUAACCAUCACUCCAAAGGAUCCCCAGUGGGUUGGGGCCUGGUGGCUUGGUUACCUAAUAGCAGGGCUCCUAAGUCUCCUUGCAGCUGUCCCUUUCUGGUGCUUACCCAAGACUCUACCGAGAACCCAAAGUAGAGAGGAUUCUGGAUCCUCAUCUGAGAAGUCCAAGUUCAUUAUAGAUGACUCUAUUAACUACCAAAUGGCCUCUGGAGAAGAAAUGAAAAUCAUGGAAAUGGCAAGAGAUUUUCUUCCAUCCCUGAAAACUCUUAUUAGAAAUCCAGUAUACAUCUUAUAUCUGUGUGCAAGCACUGUUCAAUUCAAUUCUCUAUUUGGUAUGGUGACAUAUAAACCAAAGUACAUUGAGCAGCAGUAUGGACAGUCAUCCUCCAAGACCAACUUUGUCAUUGGGCUUAUCAACAUUCCUGCAGUGGCUCUUGGAAUAUUCUCUGGAGGAGUAGUUAUGAAAAAAUUCAGGCUGGGAGUGCUCGAAGCUACAAAACUCUACUUGGGAUCAUCUGUCUUUGGCUACCUCCUCUUCCUCUCUCUGUUUGCCCUGGGAUGUGAAAAUCCUGGUGUGGCCGGACUGACUGUGACCUACCAAGGAACCAAACCUGUUUCUUAUCAUGAACGAGCUCUCUUUUCAGAUUGCAACUCAAGAUGUAAAUGUUCAGAGUCAAAGUGGGAGCCCAUGUGUGGGGACAAUGGGAUCACAUAUGUGUCAGCUUGUCUUGCUGGCUGUCAAUCCUCCAGUCAGAGUGGAAAGAACAUUAUUUUUUCUAACUGCACCUGUGUGGGACUUGCAGGCCCUAAGUCAGGAAACUGGUCAGGCAUGAUGGGCAGGUGUCAGAAAGAUAAUGAAUGUCCCCAAAUGUUUCUGUAUUUCCUUGUGAUUUCAGUCAUCACGUCAUAUACGUUAUCUCUAGGUGGCAUACCUGGGUAUAUAUUACUCCUGAGGUGCAUUCAGCCACAUCUUAAGUCUUUUGCUCUGGGUAUCUACACCUUAGCAGUAAGAGUUCUUGCAGGAAUCCCAGCUCCUGUGUAUUUUGGUGUUUUGAUUGACACUUCAUGCCUCAAGUGGGGAUUUAAGAAAUGUGGAAGCCAAGGCUCCUGUAGACUGUAUGAUUCUCACGCUUUCAGACACAUAUACCUGGGACUAACCACCCUCCUUGGUACGGUGUCCAUUUUCCUAAGCAUGGCUGUGCUUUUUAUUUUAAAGAAAAAGUAUGUUUCAAAACACAGCUGCUCCAUACCCACAAGAGGCAAAGCAGUGGCAUCUUCAAGCUUCAGGAUGGAAGCACGCGCUGCGAGGGAUCGUGGGCUACAGCCUAAGUACUGGCCCGGCAAGGAGACACGACUUUAGGAAACUCGCGGAAAACAAACAAACAUGGAGGUCAUUUUAUCCAAUACACAAACGUUCUGCCAACAAAUAAAAUUAUAAACAAAAGGGCUUCCCCAUGUAACGUCUUUCUCCUUUCAAAAGUGUGUCUGCUUUUCUUUUGUUUUUUAGUCUAAGCUAUAGAUGGUAGACCUCAAUAAAUAUCACUAAACAUA